AUGCCGCCCAAACGCAUGACAGCGAACCCGGUGAAGCCGGCGCGAUACCGCGCUGGUAAGGCCACGGGUGUAGAGUCCGAUUCCGACUCUGAAGCCAGCGAAAACGAAGAGACUACCGAGCCCGCGCUCCCUCCACCACCAAAAGCAGCCAGCGCAGGAAAGAUAUCAUCUGGAAACUUGGGGAAAGUCGACCUUGAUGCCCGACGAAAAGAAGCGCAAGCUGCUGAAGAACGGAGGAUCGCGAAAGAGAAAGCUGAGCGUCUCGCCGCUGAGGAGGGUUUCGUAACAGAGGAAGAGGAAGAAAGCGAGGAAGAAGAGGACGAUGACGAGGAGGAAAGCGAAUCAGAGGAGGAGGAGAGCAGUGAAGAUGAAGCGCCCAGAAGAAAGAUGAUGCAGCUCAAGUUCGUACCGAAGAACAAGAGAACCACCAAGGACCCUGCCCAGGAAGCCGAAGAAGCACGGCAGGCCGAAGAAGAGGCUCGCAAGAAAGCCGCCGACGAGCUCGUAGAAGAGCAAAUCAAAAAGGAUCUGGCUGCGCGCGCAGCAGGCAAAACGCACUGGGUCGACGACGAUGCCGAAGCUUCAGACGUGGACACAACAGAUGGGCUGGACCCAGAGGCAGAAGAGGCAGCUUGGCGCGUCCGAGAACUCAAGCGCUUGAAGCGUGCUCGCGCUAUCAUCGAGGAGCGUGAGAAGGAGCUUGCGGAAGUAGAACGCCGACGUAACCUGACCGAGGAGGAGCGACAGGCCGAGGACGAGGAAUUCUUGGCCAAACAGAAGGAGGAGAAGGAGGGCAAGGGCACAAUGGCCUUCAAGCAACGUUAUCUACACAAGGGUGCCUUCUACCAGGAAGAGAUGAAGGAAGCUGGGUUGGACAAGCGAGACAUCAUGGGCAGUCGCAUCCAAGACGACGUGCGGAAUCGCGAAGCUCUUCCAGAAUAUCUGCAGCUUCGAGACAUGUCCAAGCUGGGUCGCAAGGGUGCAACAAAGUACAGGGACAUGCGCACUGAGGAUACUGGACGAUGGGGAGAUAUUGGUGAUGGUCGCAAGAGAGGAGGUGGACAUUAUGGUGACGACGAGCGCUUCAGACCAGACGAUGACCGGUUUCGCCGCGACGAGAAAAGUGCCGGUGGCGCAAACGCUAUUCCUCUUGGUGAUCGCAAGAAGGAUGACCGGAGGUCACGAGAUGAUGGAUAUCGGGAUCGAACAGACGGGGAUUCUUACCGCUCCAAGGACGACAACUACAGCCGACGAAGGUCACGAUCGAGGUCACGAUCGCCGCGGCGUGAUAGGGAUAGAGAUGACCACCGGCGCCGCAAGCGAAGUACGUCGCGCGAUGAUGAGCGUUAUGACAGUGACAAGAGACGUAAGGUGGACUCCAGGUAG